AUGAAGGAUCAAACAGAACAUGCAUUAGUGAUUGAACCCCUGCAUGGAUCCAUCGUGGUCAGUGAAGCUAUUCAGGAGCAUUUAUAUGGUCCCAUUACCCCUAAAGCAAAGGAUGGCCAUAAUCCCGUGGCCGAGGCUGCGCAGUCGCCAUCCCAAGAGCGCGUGACUGCAGCCAUGCCAGUGGAGGUGCCUGCGCUGGAUGUGCCCGGCCCCCUUGGGAGCGCGUACCUUAUCACAGACCCCAUCCCUGUCUCGGGGUCCCCGGCCAUGCGACCGGUGGAGGACCUGUUCAGCUUGCUAGAGCAGCGGAUGCCAGAGCCACCCUGCCGUGCGGGGCGCGCCGAGCCCGCGCCGCCAGCGCCGCCCGCGCCGCCCGCAGGAGCCGCAGCUCCGAACCAGGAAGCCGUGCGGCCGGCGGUGAACCCGGAAGCAGCGCUGCUGCGGGAAAACCCGGAAGCGGCGGUGGCUGCGGAGCGGCGAGCGGGGGCUGCGGCGCUGGGUGCGGCCGGGGAGCAAGAAACAGCAGCGGAAGCAGCGACCGCGCCGAACAAGGCUGCGGUGCGAGAGACAAGUGCGGCGCCGAGCGCGGCCGUAGCCCCAGAGACGGCGGCAGCAGCUUCACGAACUUAG